CCAGAUUGCAUCCCUAGUAGGGAAGUGUGUCAGAGGCAGCAAUUAUCCAGGAAGGGGAGUCCAACAUCCUAAGAACAUUUGGAACAUUUCUGCUGAUUCUCAAGGGCUAGGAAGGCACCCACAACAGAAUUCAGAGACUUGACAAUGUCCCUGUAUUGUGGAAUUGCUUGCAGAAGAAAAUCCUUUUGGUGCUAUAGACCACUGUCAACCUAUGUCACUAAGACACGGUAUUUAUUUGAGCUGAAGGAAGAUGAUGAUGCAUGUAAAAAAGCCCAGCAGACAGGAGCAUUUUACCUCUUCCAUAACCUGGCUCCUUUGCUUCAGAAAUCAGGACAUCAAUACCUGGCCCCGCAGCACAGCCUAUUAGAGUUGGAAAGGCUUCUGGGUAAGUUUGGACAGGAUAGUCAAAGAAUAGAAGAUUCCGUGCUGAUUGGAUGCUCCGAACAGCAAGAAGCAUGGUUUGCUCUGGAUCUAGGUCUAAAUAGCUCCUCUUCCAUAAAUGCUUCCUUGCAGAAACCUGAAGUGGAGAAAGAGCUCACAGGGUCUUUCACUGAGCUGAGGAAGGCUCUCUAUCAGCUGAAUGUGAAGGAUGCCUCCUUGUUAUCCACGGCUCAAGCUCUUCUCCGCUGGCAUGACACUCAUCAGUUCUGCAGCAGAAGUGGGCAGCCCACCAAGAAGAACAUGGCUGGCAGCAAGCGUGUGUGCUCUUCCAAUAAGAUCAUCUAUUAUCCACAGAUGGCUCCUGUGGUGAUCACUCUGGUGUCAGAUGGAACUCGAUGCCUGCUUGCCCGCCAAAGUUUCUUUCCCAAGGGAAUGUAUUCUGCCUUGGCAGGUUUUUGUGAUAUAGGUGAAAGUCUGGAAGAGACUGUCCGGCGAGAAGUUGCAGAAGAGGUGGGAUUGGAGGUGGAAAGGCUGCACUACUCUGCAUCCCAGCACUGGCCCUUUCCUAAUAGCUCACUCAUGAUUGCUUGUCAUGCAACGGUGAAACCAGGGCAGACAGAGAUCCGGUUGAACUUGAGAGAACUAGAAGCAGCUUCCUGGUUCAGUCACAAUGAGGUGGCCAUAGCCCUGAGGAGAAACAACCCAUAUACUCAGCAACAGAAUAGGGCUUUCCCAUUCUGGUUGCCCCCAAAGUUCGCUAUUGCCCACCAACUGAUUAAGGAGUGGGUGGAAAAACCAACCCGUUCUACCCUGCCUGUUUAGCUCAGAUUGGGUCACCUGAUCAGGUAAACACCUCCUCACUGUCUCAGGGGAACAUCAGAUAUCAGCUGAUAAAGAGGAGGUGACAAAAGGCCAUAUCCAGGACAAUCUCAUAAGGCAGAGCAGGUGAAGCGCUUACAGCGAGACAUCACUACCAGCAGUGUUUAUGAAGAAGUCCCUACUCACAGGCAAUCAAAAAUGCCAAAACUGACAAGAUGACAGUUGUCAAAAUCAAAGGGAAGGCUAAAGCAUUAGUUUGGAUAUAGGCUCUUGUUCACUCAUUUUCUCCUGUGCUUUGGAAGCAAACAUCUUUUGGCAUGUGACUUAUUAAUGCUGGGUUUAUACUAACUGCCAAAAUGUGCCUGGUAUAAUUUUAGUUAAAACUUUUAUCUUGGUAUCAAAAAAUAUAUAGCAAGUUACUUUUUAAUCCUCAUAGAAUUUUUUAAAAUAGCACAACAUAACAUUUUUGAAUUCAUGUAACUAUUUUGUAGAUGGUAGUUAAAUAAAGGUCAUAUUUCUUUAAGUCAUCCGAAGGGUUGAGGAAAGUAGGAGUUAAGGUCUUCCUCAAGGUAUUCUGUAAUAAAUCAGAUGCAGUGAUGUUCUGUUGAGGUAACUGCAUCCUAAUGGGGCUCAAAACAGUUAAGUCUUUUUUGCUGUUAUUUGCUCAGUUUGUGAACCAAGGAAGAGAUUAUCCCUUGCCAUGUCUGUUUUCCUAAAUGUAAAAUGGUUGAUGCCAUUUGCACACCCAGUAAGUGUUGUAACUUCAAAGAAGGGAUCAGUGAAGAUGAACCAUUUCCUGAGUUUUAUGGGAUAAACUAAAUUUAGGAUUUCUCAUCAGUUAUACAUGCCAUUCUAUACCUUGUCAUAAGGGACAAGCACUUACCUGGAGAGAAUGAAAUAAAUGUCUGUACCUUUGUU